AGGGGCGUGUCUCUGAAAUACACAAGCAGGAAACAUGGCGUCGUUGGCAGGUCGUCUCUCUCGGGCUUUUUUCCUUAGAAAUACGGCAUCGCUGAUCCGCAACACUGGCCCGAAAUCAGUAAACGCACCAGGAACGUGUUUCAGCCGAACCGCCGUGUCAACCACAACGGGGGGUGUCCUUCCUAAACCAGUUAAGGUCCCGUUCGGUCUGACCCGCAUGUUUAUAGUGGUAAUUCCGUUCCUGUAUGUCGGUAAUCUGAUCAGUAAAAAUUUCGCUGCUCUUCUGGAGGAACAUGAGAUCUUCGUCCCAGAUGAUGAUGAUGAUGACGACUGAGUGCAGCAGUCUGAAGAUCCUCUGAGCUGUUCCAGAUGAACAAGAUAUAUUUGUGCAAUAAUGAAGAUGGUCAACACAUUUUGUGUUUACAUCCUGCAUUACACUAACCAUGUCCACAAGCCAAAGUUUAAUGCUGUUUUUAUGUUUUUGAAUAUUGUCAAAGACAAUAUGACUUGAGGUUGCCCUCCUCAGCUGCCUCUCUUCUAUUUAAUAAAUUGCUCGAAUGUUA